AUGACGUAUGAUCAAGUUAAAGGUGUUCUUAAACGCUACUGCUUUUACCCUGGUCCAGGAACAUAUAUUUUUCGAUUAUCAUGUACUAAACUGGGUCAGUGGGCUAUCGGAUAUAUUACACAAGAACUAAAAAUCGUACAAACUAUAAUACAAAAUAAAUCCCUGGCACAAGCGUUGGUUGAUGGAGAAAGAGAGGGAUUCUAUUUAUAUCCAAACGGGAAACCCAGUCCUACCACAUUGUUGUACUAUUUAACAAAUAAUCUACUCCAAGUUCACUUACAAGUAACAAAGGAACAGUAUCAGCUUUACUGUGAAAUGGGUUCAACCUUCGAAUUAUGUAAGAUCUGUGAUGAAAAUAAUAAAGAUACGCGACUCGAACCCUGUGGUCAUUUGAUUUGCAAGAAUUGCUUGCUUAAUUGUCAAUCCACAAGCAAUGGCUUAACAUGUCCGUUUUGCCGCCUGGUAAUAAAAGGGACUGAAGAUAUUAUCGUUGAUCCUUACAAACCAUCAAGCGACUCUGGUAAACUAAGUUUUCAUCCAAGUGAGCCUGUCGUAAUUUAUGAUCAAACAGCAUCCCUUCAUGAGAUAGCUGACAAGCCUUCAGGAUUGGCUUCGUGUUCUGUCAGUGCCUUGUGUAACAGAAAAAUUCUCACACCAGACCCUCUAUCUGCGGGGCCACCACCUAUACCGCCAAGGAACUUUUAUCUGACAUCUACCAUAGAUAAUACCGUAAAUUACAACAACGGACUUCAAGCUAGUUGGCAUACUUCUUCGACAAACUGCGGACUCGAGAUUUCCACACGUCCUGAUUCUCAUGAAAACAUCCGAUUCACAAAUCCCGACUCAUCUGUUAAAAAUGAUACACUCUUACGCUCGCUUAGUGAGCGUAAUGAAGAUAGAUGCUUAUGCUCUCAAGGGAGCAACUCUCUGUUUCCAGCACAAGUUAUGCCCCGGAUAGAUACUGGGAGUUUCGAUCAUACAAUGGAUUUAAAUUACGCUCAGUUAGAUUUAAACAAGUCAGAUUCUGAUGAUGAAUUGGAGGUUGGUUUAGCCUUUGAUGAAAAAGACGACAUACGAGACCAUCAAGAUGAUAUCAAGCCAUCUGCGCAACAGAACAUAAGUGCAAACCCAGAUCUCAUUUGUGAAUCGUUAUCGAAUGAUAAGAACCACACGGACUGCUCUUCAGACAAUUUGUCUAACAAGAAUACGAUCCCCUCCGGUAUGUCACAUUGUGAUCUCAUCAAAUGCCAAACAAGAUCUGUGGAUAAAAAUGUGAGAGAAUUAAUUAGUUUGCACCCUGAAAUGACUGAAGCAACAGCCACGCUAUUACUCACUUUAACGGAAAACCGUCUACAUAUUUCAUAUGAAAUAUGGAAGCACUUUAUGCCUCGUGUUUAG